CCUUUUGAUCAUUUCGUCUUUGUACCUGCACUUGUCUCCUGUAAUUUCUCUCUCAAGCCAUUUAACCUCUGACUUGUUAGUCUCUGACAAGCAGAAGGCAACCAACGAGUUGAUCAUUCUUUUCUACUGAGCUGAAGCUCCUGGAUUAUAUUUUUCCAAGUAAAAAUAUCAUCUUGGUUGAGUUUUGGUUCAUUUUUAUAGCUACAUAAGGUACCUCCUUUCUGCGUUAUGGCUGGCGUUUGAGCUGUUUAUAGUGUCUUGGGACAAAACUUGAAACAAAGAAAUUUAAGUUAUUUGCGAAGGAAACUCAACAUCAUCCAUGGAGUCUCUAGUUCUUAAACUCUUUGAAAUCUCAGCUGUCAAAUUUGGAAACUUCAAACUCAAAUCUGGCAUCUUCUCUCCAAUUUAUAUAGACCUUCGCCUCAUCAUUUCGUACCCUUCCCUCCUUCAGCAAAUAUCCCAAAUUCUAAUUUCAUCUGUCGCUUCUACUUCCUUUGACCUUGUAUGUGGGGUCCCUUACACUGCUCUUCCCAUUGCUACUUGUGUCUCAAUCACUAAGAACAUCCCCAUGGUCAUGCGACGCAAGGAAAUCAAGGAUUAUGGCACUGCUAAAGCCAUUGAGGGUGAAUUCAAGCCUGGCCAAAGUUGCUUAAUCAUUGAAGACUUGGUUACCAGUGGCACAUCAGUUUUGGAAACUGCUGCUCCACUGCGUGGUGCAGGGAUGAAGGUCAGUGAUGCUGUUGUUUUAAUCGAUAGAGAGCAAGGUGGGAAAGAGAAUUUAGAGGAGAAUGGCAUAAAGCUGCAUUCUAUUAUAAAAUUGACUGAAAUGGUCAAGAUUUUGAGGGAAAAAGGAAAGCUUGAUGAUGAGAUCGUUGGGACUGUCAUGAAAUUUUUAGAAGAGAAUCGGAAAGUUGCUGCUUUGGCAAAGGUGGAGAAGCCUGUCACUAAGGCCAAAGCCUUGUCAUUUGAGGAGAGGACGAAGCUGUCAAAGAAUCCAACAGGAAAGAGACUGUUUGAUAUAAUGGCUAAAAAGGAGAGCAAUCUAUGUUUGGCAGCAGAUGUUGGAACUGCGGCAGAAUUGCUUGAAAUUGCUGAAAAGGUUGGCCCUGAGAUAUGCCUGCUGAAAACUCACGUGGACAUAUUGCCAGAUUUUACUCCUGAUUUUGGCUCUAAGCUUCGCUUGAUUGCAGAAAAAUAUAACUUCUUAAUCUUUGAGGAUCGGAAAUUUGCUGACAUUGGUAAUACAGUAACAAUGCAGUAUGAAGGAGGGAUCUUCCAUAUAUUGGAUUGGGCUGAUAUAAUAAAUGCCCACAUUAUCUCUGGUCCUGGAAUUGUGGAUGGAUUGAAAUUGAAGGGUUUGCCUCGUGGUAGGGGUCUCUUGCUUCUUGCUGAAAUGAGUUCUGCUGGUAACCUUGCCAAGGGAGAUUAUACUGCUGCUGCAGUGAAAAUUGCCGAGGAUCAUUCUGAUUUUGUUAUUGGCUUCAUCUCUGUCAAUCCAGCAUCAUGGCCAGGGGCACCCCUAAAUCCUUCUUUCAUUCAGGCAACUCCUGGCGUCCAAAUGGUGACUGGUGGUGAUGCUUUGGGGCAACAAUAUAACACACCAUAUUCUGUGAUCCAUGACAGAGGAAGUGACGUCAUAAUAGUGGGACGUGGCAUCAUCAAAGCAGCUAACCCGGCUGAAACGGCUCGUGAGUACCGUCUUCAAGGAUGGAAUGCAUAUUUGGCCAAGUGCACUUGAGGCCUCACUUCAAAUGUUUAAUUGGAUGAGUCUAAUCUUUGUUUCUGUGACAUGUCUAAUUUCACUACAAACCCUAGAGGAAGAAAGCUCUUGGGUGAAAUAUGGUGUGCAAUAAUACUUCUGGACUAAUUUAAUGUGAGACCCUUGUGUUUUCAUGCUCA